AUGCAAUACAUUAGUACUCUCACCGACUCCUGUGGUACACCAAUGGUGAAGACAAAGCGAAAAACUCCCUUCCUAGGUUUUCUUGUUGCUAUCAAGAGCAUCGAAUGUCUGUUCAACGAGUUAGUCAGAAACACAAAUGUUUCUAUGGCAUACCUGUUAACAUAUAAACUAAGUCAAGACCACUUGGAGUUAUUCUUUGCAGCAAUACGCUCGUCAGGAGGUUGGAACAAUAAUCCGACAGCAACACAAUUCAUGGCUGCCUACAAACGCCUGCUCCUACGUCACGAAGACAGUGCCUCUGGAAAUUGUACAGCAUUAGAUGCUACAAACAUUCUACAUGCUGUAAAAGAUACCACAACCAUCAACCAUGUUAAUGCUGAUAUUGAUGUUUCUGACAUAACAACCAUCCGAAGAUAUGACCUAAAUGUACGCCUAGAACCACAACAAACAGAUCAUGAUUAUGUGGAUGCUCCAAAUUUUAACUAUUUAAGCUCUUACAAAGAAGCAGCUGUUGGUUACAUUGCAGGUUAUGUGGUCAGAAUGGUAAAACGGUCAGUAACUUGCGAAUCUUGCAUUGAUGCUCUCGUGGAGAAAGAUCCAAACAACACUAAGUUUAACUCAUUGGUGAGACAGAAAAACCAUGGAGGACUAAUUGAAGCUUCUGCAAGUGUUUACCAAAUUUGCCAAAGCACAGAGCAAUGUGUGGUAAGAAUGCUUCAUUCAACAGGGGGAAACUUACCCACAUCAUCAAAGAUUGUCCCACCAAUUUCAUCAGUGGUCUUGGAAGAAGCUGUCAAGAAAAAUGCAUUUUCAUCUCUCCAUGAUCACAUGUUUGACAACUCUCCUGACAACAACCAUCUCUUCAGGCUGAUAAAAUGCAUCGCCAAAUGCUUCUUAAAAAUAAGAAUGCACCACCUAGCAAAGGAAACAACUGCAAAGGUUAGAGGAGAAAACAUUAGGAAAAUAGUAUCCAAGACAAUCCUAUUUAAAAACCAGUAG